AUGACGACCACCAAGCGCGCCUGUCCCGAGGCCGCGACCGUGCUGAGCCUUCCGCACAUCCUGACCUCGAUCGCCCAGUGCCUCCAGUCGCCUGAUGCUCUCGCCUUUCUGUCGGCGCUGCCAUUGACGUCGCUGGACACAGCACUGGCGGCGACCAAGGAGCUACUGACGCGACCGGGUCGGUUCGUCCACACGUGGCCGCAGGUCGACCUAGACGACAUGAAUGAAGAUGACGCGCCACUGAUGCGCGCAGCGCUGCCAGCUAUCUUGUCGGUCCGUGCCAGCGAUGUCUACUCCUUUGUUCCCUUGUCAGCGACGGCCCCGACCGACUACGAAUCCGUGACACCGUUCCUCGAGUUUGCGGCGCAGUCGAUACUUCCGCCUUUUGCAGCCUUCUUCGGGAUCGCGAACGCGGCCGACCUCCUCGCAGCCGUUUUGACGCCAGCCCACCGUGUGAGCUCGCUUACCAUCGGCACGACCUACGACUCAACGGACGGCGAUGACUGGACGGCGCUUCUGUUGCCAUGGCUGGCCAGCGGGCAUGCGCGACACGUCGAGCUCAACAACUCGGGGAAGCUCCCGAUACCCGAUAUUGCGGGGCUGGCGCGGGCGCUGGCGACGACGUCGUCGCUUCAAGGUCUUGAUAUAUUCAACUACGACAACCUGAUCGCGGCGCUUGUUGCAUUGAAAAUGCCACUGCACCAGCUCACAGCACUGAAGGUCGCGACAUUUUUACCCUCGUACAAGAUGCUUUCGCUGUUGCAGCUGGUGGACCUUGCCAAGCUCACGUCGCUGACGCUGGACCUUCGUCAUCUCAAUUUGGCCCUUGGUCGCCUUGAGUACACGGACACGUCGCAUUGGCCGCACCUUGAAAGCCUCUCGUUCCAUCAAGUCGAGCUUUCCGCCGAGACCGAGGAAGCUGUGCUCACGUACCUUGGCCGUGUGCAAGGCCUUCAGAAGUUGACGAUGGUCGAAUGCUCCAUGGUCGGCACGUGCUUCUUCGAUGUGAGUCGCGCGCUUAGCCGGCUCGUCGCCAACGGUCUGACCUUUGCGAGCUUUCAUCACGAGCGCUUUGACGACACGAGCGCUGCUCUAGUUGCACUCGUGCUGCACGAAGGUCGCAACGUGUCGCCCCUGACGUUGCUCCUCUGGGGCAACGGCAUCACCAUCAAAGGGGUCCGCGUGCUUUUGGAAGCGCUCGCGACUUGCACGUAUGUGUGCGUUCAGAUUGAGCCCCGCGACUACAGCCUUUUCACGUCGUACAAGAACGAAAUCCAAGCAUUUGCCGCCGCCCAUCGCAUGGUCGUCGACGUGGAAACUGAGCCCUACAAGCUGUACAGCCCGUCGACGACCUCGCAAUAACGUAGUCGGUGCUAGUCCUCACUAUAUGGUAUCUAAUACACUUGAAU